UAAUUCGAUUUUAGAAAGAAAAAUCCCGUGACGACCAUAAGUUGAUGCAACUGCUUUUUUUGAAUCAAUGCUUUAUCCCUAAUUAUGGAAAGAGUCUCAGUAACUGUACCAGCAGUUUCUCUAAAGCUUAUUAUUGGAGUGCACUUUGUACUGACAACAUGGGCUACACUUGCAACCCCUCUACCAUCGUCAUAUGUAUUUAGUAAUUUUAUAUUGGUGGUUGUUGGGUGCUGGGCCAUAGCUGAUAGAAAUGGCACUGAUGCAAUUGUAAUGUUCCUUUUAGGAAUGAUAUUCACCAUCAUUAGUGACAUUGUUGCUAUUGCUGUUUACUACACAACUUUAGACAACUCAACAUACAGAUUCUCCAUUGGAAUGGCAAUUUUGAAUCUAAUUCUUAAGCCUUUGUUUUGUGUAUGUGUUUUUAUGGAGUUCCGUAACAGAGGUGGAGAGGUUGAUACGAAAUGGGCAGAAAAUCCUUAUGUCACCAUUGAAGGGCAGAAUGCUGAGAAUCGCGGUCAGYCUCCUUCACAGCCAUGAAGGACAUAAGUUUUUAUGAGAGUCAGACUUUUAUGUGAAAAUCUACAUUUUAUUAAUGAGACUUCAAGGUCAAGUCAAAUAUUGCUGUUUACUGCUCAUCAAGAAAAAAAAGAAUUCAGAAUUGCCUCAUUUUGUAAUUUCUUAAUCAGGAAAAACAUGUUAAGUAAUGUGUGAAUUGUAACUUUCUUCUAAAGCAAUAUCAUAUACACCAACACCGAUUUACUAGAUUAAAAACAAUUUUGUGUCAUAAAUC